GACUUUCAUCGCGGCGAGCUAGCUCAGCCAAACGCUGUCUCGUUUGUUGUCAUCAUGGCCGCUUCCAGCUACGACCGGGCUAUCACUGUCUUCAGCCCCGAUGGACACCUCUUUCAGGUGGAAUACGCCCAGGAGGCCGUCAAGAAAGUGGUCUACGGCGGUGGGUGUGAAGGGCAAGGAUGUGGUGGUGCUCUGUGUGGAGAAAAAAUCAGUGCCGAAGUUGCAGGAGGAAAGGACAGUGCGCAAGAUCUGCCUCCUCGAUGACCACGUCUUGAUGGCUUUUGCAGGCCUGACUGCUGAUGCCCGUAUCUUAGUAAAUCGAGCCCGUGUGGAGUGUCAGUCCCACAAGCUCACUGUAGAAGACCCCGUCACUUUGGAAUACAUCACCAGGUUUAUUGCCACCUUGAAGCAACGGUACACACAAAGUAAUGGCAGGCGGCCUUUUGGAACCUCAUGCCUCAUUGCUGGGUUUGACAUGGAUGGAACACCUCACCUGUACCUCACUGAUCCCUCUGGUACUUACACUGAAUGGCAGGCCAACGCCACUGGACGCAGUGCUAAGACAGUGCGAGAGUUCUUGGAGAAGCACUACUCUGAUGAAGCAGUAUCCACUGAGGAAGGAGCCAUCAAACUGGUGGUGAAGGCCCUACUGGAGGUGGUGCAGUCAGGAGCCAAGAAUGUUGAAGUGGCUAUCAUGAGGCCCAACCAACCCAUGAGAAUGCUGGAUAUUGAUAGCCUAGAGAAGAUCGUUGGAGAAAUUGAAAAGGAAAAGGAAGAAGAAGCAGAGAAGAAGAAACAAAAGAAAUAAUGUGAUGUCAUGGUGAUGUAGCUUAAGCAGUCUAAUCAAUUUGUGUGGAAGUAAAUAUUUCCUUAUUGCAAUGAAUAUUCAAAUUUGUUUUCUGUUCAUUUUUCCAUAAAUAUGUAUUGUAACAAC